GCUCCCGCUGCUCGCUCGGAGCGGAGCCCUGGCCCGGCUGCGGGAACGGGGCCGAGGGGCUGCGGGACGGGCAGAGCCGGCCCGGCGCAGAAUGUCAGCAGCUUUUUAUUGAUGAAGAACUGCUUGUUAUCACCAAUCUGCACAUGAAAUGGAAGGGGAAAAGGUUCUGGAAAACGACUUCUGUUUCAGUCUUGCAAGAUGCUGCUUGAAGGGGAAAUGAUUGAUAUACAAAUCACAGAGCAAACCACUGAACAUGAAUGUUCAGAAGUAUAAAGAAGUUUAAGUGACUGCUCUACUUGAUCAAAAUGGUGGACACUGAAAACCAGCUCUAUCCCCUCACUCCCUUGGAGGAGGAGGAUAUAGACAGCCCUUUAUCUGGAGAGUUCCUACAAGAUAUGGAGAACAUUCAAGACCUGUCCCAGUCUCUAGGUGAUGAUAGUUCUGGAGCUUUAAGUUUAACAGAAUUCCAGUCACUGGGAAAUGGUCCAGGAUCUGAUGGAUCUGUUAUAACAGACACCCUUUCACCAGCAUCCAGUCCUUCAUCCAUUAAUUUUGCCACAGCUCCAGGUGGCAUAGAUGAAUCAUCCAGUGGAGCACUAAACAUUGAAUGUAGAAUUUGUGGGGAUAAAGCCUCAGGCUACCAUUACGGAGUACAUGCUUGUGAAGGUUGUAAGGGCUUUUUUAGAAGAACAAUUCGUUUAAAACUCAUCUAUGAUAAAUGCGAUCGCAACUGCAAAAUUCAGAAAAAAAAUCGUAACAAGUGCCAAUACUGUCGUUUUCAAAAGUGCCUUUCAGUUGGAAUGUCACAUAAUGCAAUACGUUUUGGACGAAUGCCGAGGUCUGAGAAGGCCAAGCUCAAAGCAGAAAUUCUGACAGGUGAAAAUUAUGUAGAAGAUUCAGAAAUGGCAGAUCUCAAAUCACUUGCCAAAAGAAUUCAUGAUGCCUACCUGAAAAACUUCAAUAUGAACAAGGUUAAAGCCAGAAUCAUCCUUGCAGGGAAAACCAAUAACAAUCCACCAUUUGUUAUCCAUGAUAUGGAUACCUUAUGUAUGGCAGAGAAGACCCUGGUGGCCAAGCUGGUGGCCAAUGGGAUUCAGAACAAGGAAGCCGAGGUUCGGAUCUUCCACUGCUGCCAGUGCACGUCUGUGGAGACUGUCACCGAGCUCACAGAAUUUGCCAAAUCCAUCCCUGGCUUCUCCAGCCUGGACCUGAAUGAUCAGGUGACACUGCUGAAGUAUGGGGUGUAUGAAGCCAUAUUUGCCAUGCUGGCCUCUGUGAUGAACAAGGACGGGAUGCUGGUGGCUUAUGGGAAUGGAUUUAUAACCCGGGAGUUCCUGAAAAGCCUGAGAAAGCCAUUCUGUGAUAUAAUGGAGCCAAAAUUUGAUUUUGCAAUGAAAUUCAAUGCACUGGAUUUGGAUGAUAGCGAUAUUUCCCUUUUUGUUGCUGCCAUUAUUUGCUGUGGAGAUCGUCCUGGUCUUGUAAAUGUAGGACACAUUGAAAAAAUGCAGGAGAGCAUUGUGCAUGUACUGAAACUUCACUUGCAAAACAACCAUCCUGAUGACACCUUCCUCUUCCCAAAACUUCUCCAAAAAAUGGCUGACCUCCGACAGCUGGUCACAGAGCAUGCUCAGCUUGUUCAGAUAAUCAAGAAGACUGAAUCUGAUGCACAUUUACACCCUUUACUACAGGAAAUCUACAGGGAUAUGUAUUAAGGACUUCUAGUAUUUUUUUCCACAAUAUUUAAAGACAGAGAAAUACAGAUGGGAGCAAAACUACUUGUACAGUUAUGGGCUGUUCACUCAGCCCAGAGCAGGAAAAAUCUAAAACUGGGGAACUGGAGUGUUACACUUCUUUUGGUUUGGGAUCUUUUGUCUUCUUUUGAAAAAGUGCUGCAGAAAAAUAUUGGUCAGAGUGCUCAAUGAAGUCUCUUACAAUGGUUCUUUUAUUUGGAAAUUUGAAGAUUGGUAAGGAAUACAUAUUUGUAUAAUAAAUCAGAAUGUUAAGUAACAGAAAUGAACAAAAUUGUAUUUCCUCUUGGCUUAGUCAUUUUAGUAUUAAUGUAACAAAUUCAGCACCUUCCUUCCAGGUAUCUGCACAAUCAGAAAGACAAUGCACUUUUGCCUAAUGGUAACUACUGAGAACCAGCUAACACUUUUUCUUAAAGCAUUCAGUCUAGGUGUAGCAAAUGGCUGGAUAUUACUGUCCAUACACUUCUAAAAAAUUGGAAAGAUCCUUCAUCCAUUGUUGCUUUAAUUCCAUGAAAUGAUGUACAGCUUCAUCUACUGCUAUGUGGGCAUACUUAGGGUGAGCAGGUUUAAAAGACAGUUGUCUUAUGAAAUGAAACAAAAUCCAAAGAGUCAUCUAAAAGACAGCAGAGAUGCUCCAACAGGUGUGUCUUGAAGAGUAAACAAGAUAAACUGAUGAGACCUUUUUGUUUCAAAAGUCUGUUAAGGAAAUGUGCAAAUAUCACUGAUGAUAAAGAGAUUAUAUACCCUGUAUUUUUGUACAACUUGUAAUAGCUCAGGACGCAGUUUUGACAUAAAAAUGCUAUUUUGAAUUAGCAAGAGUUUUGGAGAGACUGAAAAAUCUGAUCCUACCCUAGGAAAAAAAAGAAUUUUAACUUUCCAUCAAGGAUACUGCACUCUACUGCAGUGAUAAUGACUCCAAAGGAAUGAUUGGAUAGGAAAGGCAUUGGCUUCUUCUAAGUGUCUUGGCAGUAUAAUUGUUUGGAGCUGUUUGCUUUUCUGAUGAAUGCACUGCUUCAUUUUUUACCCUCUUGGAUAUAUUUCUAUUCCUUCUUUGGCCUCAUGGAUAGAAGUAUUUGGUACUUGUUUUCACCAGAUGUUGUCCUUGUGGAUAAGGUGACAGUAAGACCAAGAGCAGUGUUUGUAGGUGUCAGACUGUGUCAUAGAGUGGAAAGCACAGCUGAGAGUAAGUUUAUUGUGUUCCUAGGAGUAAACUGAUUUUUUUUUGCUGUACUCCUGCUGCAAAAGCAGCCACAAUGAAAUGGCUUCCUGACUUUGCCACCUCAUGGGCUCUUUUCUCAGAGAGCUGCCCAGAAGUGCCAGCUGCAUGCCAGGCACUCUGCUGUUUCUCUUUCAUUUCCUUGAUACAGUAACCUCACAUUAUCACCACAUAAUUUCACUUUCUGUUUCACAACAACGAGGUUUCAGGAGCAGUGCCAGCAUUUUCACUACAGUAAAGCUUUCAGUGGCACAGGAGGACACUUUGUAUUUGUUUUAUUGUAGCACGUUUGAAGGCACCAGAAUCUUCACUGCAAGCAUUGAGUGAUGGAGUGAGAACAUCACCUUGUCAUUCCUAUUUCAGUGGCAAUGCUUCUUUCUGUCCAGGCACACAGGCACAGCUGAACACUGGAAAAAUUACAGGUUUAAAGGCAACUUUUUGGGGUUUAUCUGUGGCAGAAGUUAUAGAUAAUUACAGAUAUAUUUAGUGUGAUAUAUUGAAGCACAGGCCUCAGAUUUGGUGAGCAUCUAGGGCAGGAUAGAAAUAGUAACUGCAUGUGCACAAAACUUCCUCCCUUUCCCUGUUGCCAGCAGGAAGAACACUCAAACACUCAGAGAGGAAUGUUGGUCUUGCCAGGAACCCUCAGAUGAGAAAUGGGCUGCCUUUUGUGUCCCAGAGCAGCACACAGUGUGCCCUCAGAAACAGAGGAUUUUAGGAAUGCUGCUGCUUUAUUCUUCCAGCCAACCCUGUUUCACUGGGGAGCUGUGGGGUUUGGGCCAUGGAAAUAAUUGAUCUGAGAUAUUGCUGAUGCAAGAAGCUGUCAAAAUAUCAGCCAUUCUGAGAUGCUGUUCUCAAACUGUAGGAGCCAACUGCUAGUUUAUCCUCUAAAAAAAAGGAUAACUUGAAAUAUUUUCCCCCCAAAGGUCAGAUUUUUUGCCAAGGGCAAAUUUCAAAGUUGUAUCCCAUAGUCUAAGUGUACUGUAGGUUCUCAGGAAAAAUCAGAUACAGUCAGUGUGCAUAACUAUUUUUCCAGCUCUUGUUCUCAAAAGUGGCUAAAACACUUUAGUAACACUUUAAACCAUGGAAAAUUAAUAAUAAAUACUUAAAUUCUCAGCAAAGCUAUAAAGAAUGGCAAAUAGAGUAACUCAGUGAAAGACAUAAUAUUUAGCUGUUUGAGCAACUGCUUGUGAUAAGGUCCUGUUAUUAGUAUGAGAAUAAUGAAUAAUUUUUUUGUUAUUUGAAAACUAGCAAGAAAUUUUUGACUACUUCCUUGGACAUUAAAGGUUUGAUUUCUGUUUUAAAUUAAAUUUCAGACCCUGAAUGAAAAAAAAAAAAAAGAAAAGAAAAAGAACACAUCUCUGAAUUACAGAAAUAUGAACAAGAUGUUAACACAGCCUAAAAUUCUGGAUGGAUUCCACUGCCCACACUGCUGUCCCGUGCAUAUUCCCACAGUCACUUCAAAGAGUGGCACAGGGCACACAAUUCCCUUCCCAAGAAUGAAUGGGCAAAAGAAUUUCUCAUUUCUACAUUAUGCUUUUAAGGAAUUACAUUUGCUCCUUCAGGAGAUGACUACAGCAGGUUUUGGCCAAGGAGGUUUUAAAGUUACUCAGUUUAUGUCCAUUUUUUUUAAAUUUGGAAUGCAAACUAGUCUCAGAUGUAUUUCUGACCAAUUACUUCAGCAGCUCCUCUAUGUGCAGAUAAACUAAUAGUUUUAAAUACCCCACCUAUGGAGGAAAGCAAAUUGAUCAGAUUUUAGGAUUAAAAUGGAUUAAAGGUUUGCUGGCUCAUCAGGUACAGUUUGGAUCUGAUUCUUGCCAACAGAACUCAUUUUACUGUCAUAGCAUGGAAAAACUGUGGUUAGCAACCAGACCCCACAAACAGCUCAAGGCAAGAGACAGCAGAUGGAUAGAGAAAUAUCCUGGGAAACAAUGGUAUGGCUUAAGUUUUCAGCAAACCUACAGAUUACUCAUUUUUGAGCAUUGUUUGGAGGGAAAAUAUUUAUUUAUUUAUUUAUUCUGGUGCCCUAGGUACUUUUUGGCAAAGGGGAAGGGGGGAAGGAAAGGAAGGUUUUGUGCCAAGUGUAAGGGAAAUCUGAGGUUCAUUCUUGUCUCCUCCUUAAAUAUUUCCUUUAAAGCUGCUGUUUAAAAAAAAUGAGUUACUUUGUACCUUUCAAAAUUUCCGAUCCCACUUUUGCUUUAAACACAAACUGUCACCUGAUAGGAAAGUUUCCAUUUACAGAAACGACACCUUGCAUUGCAUUUAAAGAAAGCACAUUUUGUGUUAGCUGCCAUUUCCAUGUGCCUUUGUGCUCUGCUUCCAGCAGCUGCUGCAGAGCCGAAGGGCUGCCAGGCAGCAGAGUUUUGCAUUAUUCCUGCCCCGUGCAGAUCUCGGAAAUACCAGCAGUUGCACUAAGCCUGUUCUCAUGAGAGAGCUGGCACGGGGCUGCACAUCAAAGAGCUUAUAAUAAGCAUCCAAACAUUUGUUUGUUUAUCCAAACUGCUGAAACCUGGGGAGAUUUAUUCAUCACGAGAGCUGGGUCACAUACGACUGAGUUUGAAUUUCCUCAUUGCUGACGGAAAGCCUGGACAAAGUUGGGCCCCAUGUGAGGCAGAGCAGCUGGGGGAUAUCCUGCUGUGGCUGCAAGGAACAGUUUCAGUCUCUCCUAAAAAGCUCCCUGUGGCUUCACUGAAAAUCUGCAACUGCAUUUGACAAAUGCAUUUGCAGCUGUCAUGGUACUGCUUCAGCAUAAGGUCUGCACAUAAUGGUCCCUCUCAGAAAGCCCUCGUCCUUUAGGAAGUGUUGGAAUGUAAGGUGCAGCGUGGUAUCUGUGCUUGCUUCUGGCCCAAGUGCUUUCCUGAUAAUCAGUUGCAUAUAAUUUUUGUAUUUAGGUUUAAUCAGCUUUAUUUUCCUUCUUUUACUGGAGAUUUAAAUAAUAUGUGGGUUUGAUCUAAGAUUAUUGAUAUUGUUAUGUGUUGUGGGAUUUUUUUAAUUUAAUGUAAUACCAUUUCUUCAUGUUUCAAUUUAUAAAAUACAAGAAUAUAAAUGCAAGGUAUAAACUUUCACUAAAUUAAUUACAGAGGUGCUUAAAGAAAAAUGUGUAAAUUAUUUAAUUUAAAUAUUUGUUACAUACUUUAUCUUGUGAACCCUUUGUACAGUGAGGAAGUAUUUCCUUUUAUGGGCUAAGGAUGAAGGGGCUGACGUCAAAGACAAUUUGUUAUUUAUUCCUGUCUGGUCUUUAUUGCUGUAUCAUUUUUGAAGAACUAUCACAAAUUCUUCAGAGUU